AUGGACUCUUUGAUAUCUCCCACUAAAGCUCGGCAAGCAGCUAUCCAAGCCAAAGAUUGGGCUUACGUCAACUCAUGGCUCAAUCGCAAAUACGCCCCUCAUCCAGUGCCUGCCUUUGAGCGCAACGAGGAUACCCUCAGGACACUCCUCGCGAUUGCUGCUGCCAACGACGCAGCAGAUGAAGAGUCAUCGCUACUUCACCGGGCGCGCGAAGAGGUAGUCCGCGCUUUGAAAGAGCGCGAGAAGGUCGAGGAUGCUCGAAAACGGGAUAUACUGGAAGAAAUAGAGGCGCGACUUGAUUCUCAAGGCGAAGAAAGCUUGAACGAUUUGGCGGAAACUGUGGUGUUGUUAGGAGAUGACUCGACAGAUAUUACGGAGUUAGCACAUGCUUUUAUUGAGCUUACGCGAGACGAGUUUGAGCUUGCGAAUCAGGCCCAGCUUGUGCAGGAAUUGCAACGAUACCUAGACAAAGAGAUAGUUCUGGUGCAGGAAGAGAUUGAAACGCUCAAAUCGCAUGCUGCGUAUAAAACGCCGUCUGAUUUGACUACGCAGACAGUCGAGUGGACUCGCAGCGCAAAACUGCUCGGUGCCAAAAUUGCUGAGUAUCGAGAUAAAAUCACUUCGUUGCAAAGAAAUAUCGGCAUUGACGGACCAACAAUUGAAACUGUAUCAGAGGAGGAACGCAAUGUGGUGCAGCUGAAAGAGAUGGUAAAGCAACUCGAGAGUAAGAUCAAAGGUUAUCGAGAUUUACCACCUCACUUGGAAGAUGCGAAGAACGAGUACAAGCGCUUGGAGAAACAGCUCGGUCGACUGACACAAGAACGAGAUGCAUUGUUCGACCAUGCUCUUGCACAAAAAUAA